AUGGACUUCCUGUCCUCGGCUCGGGUAAAGUCAAACUGCAAGCGGCCCAUCACAACCCCGCAUUAUGUGCACCGUUGCGUCCGACUUAUUUGGGAGGUCGUGGAACAGCAUCCUGAUAAUGGCGAGGAAUUCAACGAAAAGUUCUCGAACACCCUGGUAGUGUGGUUACAAAAGGAAGUGCUGCCUGGUUUUGAUGGUAGUGAUACGCCAAAGCGUUCGCGCAAUCCAUUUCUGAAUGCUGACAACAGCAAGGAAGCUUUCGCACUCAACCAAAAAGGCCUGCUAGAUCUCUCCCAGGUGCUCCGAUUGGUACUCGUUCCGCUCUUCCCACGACUGCGCCGUGCAUCACGUGACCCACCACCAAACUUGCCGACGCAGUUACUUGCCAUGGCCCUCGUUUUUCAGCUCUUUUCGGAGCCUCCGCAGAAUUUACCCCUUGAUCCACAAAAGAUUGUCAUGUUCGACGAGCCGUUGACAAAAUACCAUCUGCGAUUCCUGUGCACACAGGUGCCAGCGUGCUUGAUGUUCCCGUUAUGCUUUCUGUUGUGCCAGAUCUCAUACCAGAUGGAGGACAACUUUCUGCUUCGCAAACGCGAGGAGCGUGGCACGUUGGCUAGCGCCACGCUUUUCAAUUUGACAUCAGACGGUAUUGUUCGCGACAUCAUUUUCUAUGAUACAAAAGAGGCCCGAGAAAAGCAUAUUCUUCCCGUUUACCACAAAAAGCAGUGGCAUACAGCUGUCCUGCUGACACACUUUUUCCGGCCACCUUCAUCGCCUGCAGAGGACGGGAACGGGCAGGUACAAUUGCUCAAGGUGGGGCAAAUCAUUGAUCAGAUGAACGUCUGGACACUUCAUCGUGGCGGCUCAAUUUACCUUGACUUGCAAAUGAGUCGACAGCAGCAGAAGGUAAAGCGUUCUAAGCGACGCACACGACAGCAGCACCAACAAACACCACAGCAUCCAGCAGGGUCCAAUAAACGAAAAGCACCCCAGGGAGAUCUCUCUACGCGCUGUAGCAAGCGUGCAGCAGUGGAUAGCGGUGAGGGUGCUCUUGCAGCUGGAGUGAAUGACUUUGCUGACGGCAGAAUGUCUCUCGGUAGUCAAGCAGAUAAAGUGUCAUCAUUCGGUGGUAGUCUACUAGGCAGCAAUUUCUUGGAUGGAGAAGAAGAAGCCGACGAUGACGACCUUGAGCUCGAGUUGGUAUUUGAUGAAGCAAGUAGCGCUACCGAAAUUUUGUCGAGCUGA